CUGCUGCUGCUGCUUGGCCUCUUCUGCCCAAGGGGAGUGUUGUGUGGUUACCACGAGAAGCGGCUGCUGCAUCACCUGUUGGACCACUAUAACGUUCUGGAGCGACCCGUGGUCAACGAAAGCGACCCGCUACAGCUCUCCUUUGGCCUCACGCUCAUGCAGAUCAUCGACGUGGACGAAAAGAACCAGCUAUUAAUAACAAACAUCUGGCUGAAACUAGAAUGGAAUGAUAUGAACUUAAGGUGGAACACUUCGGAUUUUGGUGGUGUUAAAGAUUUGCGAGUGCCGCCUCAUAGGUUAUGGAAACCUGACGUUCUCAUGUAUAAUAGCGCGGACGAAGGAUUUGAUAGCACAUAUCCGACCAAUGUAGUGGUGCGUAAUAACGGCUCAUGUCUGUACGUGCCGCCUGGUAUCUUCAAGAGCACCUGCAAAAUUGAUAUCACUUGGUUCCCUUUCGACGACCAACGUUGUGAGAUGAAGUUUGGAAGCUGGACUUACGAUGGAUACCAACUUGAUCUACAAUUACAAGAUGAGGGAGGGGGAGAUAUAAGCAGUUUCGUGACAAACGGUGAAUGGGAACUAAUAGGCGUUCCAGGCAAGCGAAAUGAAAUCUACUACAAUUGUUGCCCGGAGCCCUACAUUGAUAUCACAUUUGCAGUGGUGAUCCGACGGAAAACGCUGUAUUAUUUCUUCAAUCUGAUCGUUCCCUGCGUGCUAAUCGCCUCCAUGGCUCUUUUAGGGUUCACUUUACCGCCAGACUCUGGUGAAAAACUUUCGUUAGGUGUUACAAUUUUGCUGUCGCUGACAGUGUUCUUAAAUAUGGUAGCAGAGACAAUGCCAGCGACAUCAGACGCUGUACCACUUCUGGGUACUUAUUUCAACUGCAUCAUGUUUAUGGUGGCCUCUUCUGUCGUGUCAACAAUCUUAAUUUUAAACUAUCAUCAUCGGCAUGCAGAUACACACGAAAUGAGCGAUUGGAUUCGCUGCGUGUUCCUGUAUUGGUUGCCGUGGAUCCUGCGGAUGUCGCGGCCGGGCUCUGCAAACACGCCACCGCCGGCGCGAGCGCCUGCGCCUCCUGACCUGGAGCUGCGCGAACGCUCCUCCAAGUCGUUGCUCGCGAACGUGCUUGACAUUGACGACGACUUCCGGCACGCGCACGCGCAGCAGCCACCCUGCUGCCGCUACUACAGGUCCCUCGACGAUCUACACGAACACUACUCGCCGAGUGGUGAAGAAAAUGGCGCAGGUCUAGCAGCACACAGCUGCUUUGGUGUCGACUACGAGCUUUCGCUAAUUCUAAAAGAGCUCCGAGUCAUCACAGAUCAGAUGCGCAAAGAUGACGAAGAUGCGGACAUUUCGCGCGACUGGAAAUUCGCCGCCAUGGUCGUGGACAGACUGUGCCUUAUUAUCUUUACCCUGUUCACAAUCAUUGCCACGCUAGCCGUGCUGCUGUCCGCGCCACACAUCAUGGUGUCGUAG